UGAAAUGCCACUCACACCUCCCAGCCUCCGGUUCACCCGAAAUACCACAGGGUCACGUUUCCGCCGCUUCACUGCGGUCGUACUACAUGAACUUUACAGAGUACGCACGUAGGGUAAGCGAGAAAGGUCGCAUAAGCACGGCGCAUGCGACCGUGGGACGGGAUGAGGCGGGACGGGAUUAGGACGGAAUGGGCCAGCUCGGGUGCCCCUUCGUGAUCCCGAGCCUCCCGGGAGAGCAGGACGAAUACAGUCGCUGACUGCAUUGCUCAGCAAAAGGUCGUCUCACAUGCUGUUACUGUACAUGCGCAGGACACUGUUGCCCCUCUUGCCAGUGUCUUUCUCUCAUCUGCGGCGGGAGCUGGGCGGAGCGGCCGGAGUUCGAUUCCAUGGGCCUGGCUUGCGCCGUUUGCCUUUCCUGACGGACAUGAAAGGAGUCAGACAUAGAUGCGUAAAUGGCUGCAUGCCGGCGCAGUUUGGUUGCACUGAGGCGGCGGACGGUUUACCUUCACUGACGAGGCUGACGGCAUGUUGAUAUAAUUACAAAGCGCGACCAGAUGUAACCAAGCCCUGGUGGUUGCAGUUGAAGCGAAACGGGAAACAAAAGCGACGAAGACCAAAGACGAAGUGUGAAGUGCCGUCUCCUCGCCCGCAGUCAUCCUGCUCCUGCUCCUCCUUCCUUGCGCAUGCCCUGGCAUCCAUCCCAAUCGCGAUGCUCUGCCCAGAAAAUGUCGGGACUAGGAAUGUUCAGGGAGUGCUGAGAUCAGGCUCGUUAUCCAGGCGGCCCGCCGGCGGGGAUACACUACAGCACGCGGCACUAAUGCACGUUUAAAGGGGAGAACUUUUCGGACGGAUUCCCAGGACCGUAGCCCU